GAAAACCAAGCAAGCUAUGGGACUAGCCAGUAAGCAACAGGAAUCAGCUCUUUCGUAGUAGAUGGCUACCUUCUCCUCUGACCUGGUUCAGUUCCAAGGACUAUUUCAAAUGAUCUUAGUGCUGGGAAUCGGUGGUAGUUUCCCAUAUGGAUUCCAUAUUUCUGUAAUUAACUAUCCUUCUGUGCACAUCAGGAAGUUUAUUAAUGAAACAUGGAUAGAGCGAAAUGGCUCUCCCCUUCAUCCGGAGACAAUCAUGCUGCUGUGGUCCUUCAUUGUGUCUGUUUACGGGAUAGGAGGACUCCUGGGGAGCCUCUGCUGUGGCUAUCUGACUACAAAAUACAGGAAAAAAAAGUGCCAAAUGUGCACCAACCUAAUCAUGCUGGUAGCUGCACUUUUCAUGGCCUUCAGUAAAACAGCCAAAUCCUUUGAGAUGAUUCUGGUUGGACGCUUUCUCUAUGGCAUUGGUACAGGGUUUUCUCUCAAUAUACAUCCUCAGUAUGUAGGAGAGAUUUCACCCAAGAAGCUGCGUGGAUUUACCAACUCCACAGUUGCUGUUUUUCUGACACUAGGAAAACUCACAGGACAGGUUAUUGGACUACGGGAGAUUUUAGGAAGCGAAGCCUUGUGGCCAUGGCUGUUAGCAUCUAGUGGACUUUCAGCAUUGGUUCAACUGGUUACUCUCCCAUUUUUCCCUGAUUCUCCAUCCUACCUCCUGAUACAGAAGAGUAAUGAGGAAGCCUUCAGGAAAGCUAUUAGAAAGCUCUGGGGGGAAGGAGACCAUCAAGCAGAAAUUGAUGACAUCAUGAAGGAGAAGGCUGCAAUGGCAAGCACUAAAAGCUUGCGUGUCCUCGAAGUAAUAAAAGAACGAUCUUUGCGCUGGCAACUUUACAUUUUGAUGACUGUCAUGACCACCUUGCAGCUCUGUGGAAUCAAUGCAAUAUACUUCUAUUCUUUUGAAGUAUUCCACACAGCCCAGUUUGAAGAACACCUUAUCCAAUAUGUGUCCCUAGGAGUUGGGUUGUGCGAAUGCUUAUCUUCUAUACUAUGUACCACCCUUAUAGAGCGUUUUGGGAGGAAGGUGCUGCUAUGGGGAGGAUAUACACUGAUGUGUUUUGUACUAGUGCUCCUUACCAUGACCCUCUCACUGCAGCACCAGUUCUUUUGGAUGCACUACUUCAGUGUUAUCUUGAUCUUCCUAUUCGUUAUCUUCUACGGAAUUGGACCGUCUGGAGCCACUGUAUCCAUCAUGGUUGAAAUCUUCAGCCAGUCAUUCAGACCAUCUGCCUUUCUGAUUGUUGGCUGCAUCAAUUGGAUGGGGCUGUUUGUACUUGGAAUGAUUUUUCCACUGAUUGUUGAUAACCUUGGACCCUUUUGCUUCCUUAUCUUUUUGGGAAUCCUUGCUUUAUCAGCAAUUUUCAUCUACCUGUACCUCCCUGAGACCAAGGGAAAGUCAAUCAUGGAAAUAAGAGCAGAGUUCAAUAAGUUAAAUUUUGGAAAAAAAGAAACCUCAGUCACAGAAAAUAAUUUUCCUAAGGAACAGCUGUUCUGCACCAAACUCUGAACGUUCAGAAGAAAAAUUUGCAUCUCUUAGAAAAGACAGGAAACACUGUUGCAAUAGAACUAAAAAGGAAAAAUUAAAAACAGACUGCAAACUAUACUGUGUCUUAUUCCUAUUGUUUUUAAAAAUAUACAGAUAUGAAAUUCCUC